AUGACCCCUCUUGUCAAGCUUCUGAAGAUUGCGGACGACACCUCAGACGUUUGCCUCGUCAAAGACGGAGACGAGUCUGCCUACAGACAGGAAGUUAAAGAGCUGGCUGUCUGCAAGCAGAGACAGACAACAGGGGCAGAAACUCAGCCACAGAAAAUACCAGAGGAGGAUCACUUGGGGUUGGACACAUACUGCAGAGACAUAACACCACUGUCUCUGGAUCACAUCAAGGAAGGUCAAAAAGUAGAGCUGAGUCUAUAUCUGAGGGAGGAUGUUUUAAAGGAGAACGGUCUGGAGGUACAGCUUCAAAACAAAAGCCUACAGGAUUUCGAGUUCCUCAAAGUGCUUGGAAGGGGUCGAUUCGGUAAGGUCUUUCUGGCUGAACUCAGAGGCACCGAUGAGGUGUUUGCACUAAAGAUGCUGAAUAAAGACAAGAUCCACAUUUUCAGAGAUGUGCUCCACACUAUGAUGGAAAGACGUGUCAUGAUCAUGGCUACAGAUCACCCCUACCUCACACAGCUCUGUUGCUGCUUCCAGACCAAGGAUCGUUUGUGCUUUGCUAUGGAGUACAUGACUGGAGGUGAUCUUGCGUACCACAUAAGACGCUUGGGUCGAUUUGACGAAGCAUGCUCCCGGUUUUAUGCUGCUGAGAUCAUCUCUGCUCUCAUGUUUCUCCAUCGCAACGGGAUCAUUCAUAGAGACCUGAAACCUAGCAACAUCCUGUUAGAUGCCGAAGGCCACUGCAAGGUUGCUGACUUUGGCUUGUGCAAACAGGGCAUUCUAGAUGGCAGGACCACCAGCACAUUCUGUGGUACACCUCUGUACUUGGCACCUGAGAUUAUAGUAAAGCGUGAAUAUGGUGCAUCGGUGGACUGGUGGUGUCUAGGUGUUAUCAUGUACGAGAUGAUGGUGGGCUAUGCUCCGUUUGUUGCUAGCGAUAGGCUGCAGUUGUUUGGGUCCAUCCUUCAGGAUAAUCCAGACUAUCCUUGUUCGCUGAGCAAAGCGGCAGUAAGAAUUCUCAAGGCAUUCCUGGUCAAGUGUCCAGAGUCUCGGCUUGGCUGCGUGGCAUCCCAGAACAAGGAGGAAGCCAUCAAAGUUCAUCCAUUCUUUAAGGAGAUCGACUGGGUACUUUUGGAACAGAGGAAGAUUACGCCGCCUUUUAAACCACAAAUUACAACCAAAAGGGACAGAGAACGCUUCAAAUGUCAGGAGCUCAGGAUUACGCCCACUGACGAUUCCGUCAAACCAUUAUGUCAGUACAUCUUUAAUGACUUCUCCUACUGUAACCCCAGAUACUGA